AUGAGAACCUUUCUCUACUUCGCAGCUGGGUUCGCUCUGACGACUCUGUCGAGUGUUGUCAACUCAACACAAGAUAGCAACCGAUACCCUUCACGAUGUUAUCCCGAUCCCUGCGCCGGCAUUACGUAUCAGGACGACAAAUACAUCUGUGGAGACCCCCGUCUAGGACCAAGCUCACUGCCGUCUUCCUUUCCUCUAAACACGGAACUCCGAACAUACGCUCGGUUUGGUGACCUGUGUCCAUUCGAGUUUCUUCUCAAAUGGACGACGGAUAUCCGUCCCAACGGAACCUACAUCUAUCCGUCAGAAGAUGGUUUUGUGACGGACAUCGACGGCAUCGCGAUCCAGGGCAAUGUAACUCUGCGGUCUGGGACCUUUCUGGCGGUUCUGGGCGCUCCGUACAUCGAGCGAGCGUUGCCUCCGACAAACCUGAACACUGAAGAUGGUUUAUUUCCCUAUGAUUAUCACGUGUAUGAGGUUCUCCGACCGUUCGUGGUCAAGGCGGGGCCUAUUGCCAGUUGGUUUGAGCAACCGGGCCUAGGAACCCAGUUCGUGGCUUAUGAUCCAAUCAUCGAUCUCAUUGGCGGCGGAUACAUUAGACGAAUGUACCUGUCCGAGUAUGAUGCCCGAACAGAUUAUGCCGCCGACUACCUGCCUGCUCCUACCAGGAUGCCAAGUUAA